AUGCGUCGAGCAAGAUUGAACAUCGACCCGUCAGUUCACAUUGUAUAACUGGCAAAAGCUGUACAAAAAGCUGAGGAAUUCACAAAGGCAAAUGCAGGCAAUAAGUUGACAGUUAUAGCAGAUCAGACCCGAUAUCUUCAAAAUCAAGCAAGAAAGGUAUUAGAAGACGCCAAGCGAGACGCAUCGUUACACCAUGCUGCCUGUAAUAUAGUGAAGCGUCCCGGUAGAAUGUACUACUUGUACGAGAGAGAAUCUGGACAAAGUUACCUCAGCAUUCUCUCCCCACAGGAAUGGGGAGCCAGUUGUCCUUAUGAAUUCUUGGGCGCCUUCAGGAUGGAGUACGACCAGUCGUGGACACCCAUCAAGGAAGUUGAGAAACGUGACGCACAGAAUGCGAUCAUUGACAAGAUCUACAACGCUAAGCUGGUCAUCGCGGCGGGUUCCACCACCGCAGAUCUGCUGGGUUUCAGGAAGGUGGAAAGUUCCUCACAGACAGCAGAUGUUACCGAAGUGCAGGGGGCAGAAGGAGAUAGCUAGGGUUUUUUUAACAAAAGGUUUUUAUAGUGACAUGCAGUGGAGUCUUUCUAAAAUAAUCAUAACUGUAAUUGUAAGUAUUUAACACCCCCAUCAAUGCAAUGUAGCUGCAUUGGCCUUUUCUGUCAGGGCUACUCCAGACUGAGUGUGAGAAAGCAUCCUAGGAGACUGAUAGCCAAACUUUUCAAAACAGAAAUCAAACUCACACAUUCUGCUU